GUUAACCAAAAACAUUCAAAAAAAUUUUUUAGAGGGCUGGUUUGUCACUACAAGUUGAUUCUAAAAUUAUUUCCAAAAUUUAUCAAUUAGUUGAAGAAGGGAUCCGAAAUCCACGUGAAAUGCAAAGAUCUAUUCGUGUAUAUGUAAAAGACGAACUAUUUAGAGGACUAGAAUUACCACCAACAUCAUCUAGAAGAUACUACCCAAAAAUUCAAGAUAUACGAAAUCAUAUGUAUAAAGCUGCUACAAAGUUGAAAUUUUCUAAACUGGAUCAAGAAAAUCUCCAGCAAAAGGUUGAAGAAUGGAGAAAUAAAUACCCAAGAGAUAAGUUUUAUUAUCGUGGUUACGGAGAAGUUACAGACCAUAGCAAAGAAUUAGAAGUUUCAGAAAAAUUUAACAGAGAAGAUGAAGAAGAUAUUUUUUCUAACGUACUUCCUACAAAACAAAAACUUCUUUUUAUUCACCAGACAAUAAGUCAAAAAGAACUUCUUUAUAAAUAUGGCAAUCAUAUAUGUCUACUAGAUGCCACUUAUAAAUCUACUAGAUAUGCAAUCCUGUUGUUCUUUGUUAUUGUAAAAACAAACAGUAACUAUCAGGUAGUAGCGUCCUUUGCAGUGCAAGAUGAAACUACUGAUACAAUAACAGAAGCACUAAAAAGAUUAAGUCAGUGGAAUCCAGAAUGGAACCCUAAGUGUUUUAUGACUGAUAACUGUGAGGCAGAAGUUUUAUCAAUCGAAAAUGUUUUUAAAGGUUGGUUUGUUAUAUUUAAUUAUAAUUUCUUUUUGUUGUUAUAGCUUCUUUGUUCAUGCGUAUACAUAGGUAAGGUAUAUUUAUGGUAAAUUAUUAUCCUGUGUAAUUAGAGUUGCUGCCCUAACUGAUGUUCUGAAAGUGUUUGAUAAUUUUUUGUG